GCUGAGUUCAGCAAGGGAGUGGAAAUCAGUGUGUGACAUUUACCAGCGGUUUAACAUCACCGUAGGCUGGGGAAAGGAAAAAAAGAACGGGACUUGUGUAUCGGCAACAACGGAUAUUUUAUUAUUUUUUAGAACAGAAGUGGACCAAGACGAAGAGCCAAACAACGGUGCACCAAAGAGGACUUUGUAUAACUGGCUGUCCCUAAAAGGGUAUUUUAAUCAGGUGAAGAAAGGAACUAAUUAAAAGCAGCCGCCAUGGUGGCCUUGUCAUUGAAGAUCAGUAUUGGAAAUGUGGUGAAAACUAUGCAAUUUGAACCUUCUACAGUAGUGUAUGAUGCCUGCCGCAUUAUACGCGAGAGGGUUCCUGAAGCACAAAUUGGCCAACCUAAUGAUUACGGGCUAUUCCUGUCGGAUGAAGAUCCAAAGAAAGGGAUAUGGUUGGAGGCUGGAAAAGCCCUUGAUUAUUACAUGUUGAGAAAUGGGGAUACUUUGGAGUACAAGAAGAAGCAGAGGCCCCUUAAAAUUAGGAUGCUCGAUGGAACAGUCAAAACGGUUAUGGUUGAUGACUCUAAAACUGUUAGUGAUAUUCUAAUGACAAUCUGUGCAAGAAUAGGCAUCACAAAUUACGAUGAAUAUUCACUUGUCCAUGAUAUUGGGGAGGAGAAAAAAGAAGAAUACACGGGAACUCUUAAAAAGGACAAAACUCUUUUGAGGGAUGAUAAAAAGAUGGAGAAGCUAAAACAGAAACUCCAUACUGAUGACGAUUUAAAUUGGCUAGAUCAUGGUAGAACACUGCGUGAACAGGGUGUUGAAGAAACAGAAACACUUCUUCUGAGGAGAAAAUUCUUCUACUCUGACCAAAAUGUGGAUUCAAGAGAUCCAGUACAGCUCAACUUGCUAUAUGUGCAGGCUCGAGAUGAUAUCCUCAAUGGUUCCCAUCCAGUCUCCUUUGAAAAAGCCUGUGAAUUUGCAGGGUAUCAAUGUCAGAUUCAAUUUGGAGAUCAUAAUGAGCAAAAACACAAGCCUGGAUUUUUAGACUUGAAAGAGUUUCUGCCAAAAGAGUACAUUAAGCAAAAAGGAGAAAAAAAAAUCUUUCAGGCUCAUAAAAACUGCCAAAAUAUGACUGAAAUUGAAGCAAAAGUAAGCUAUGUAAAGCUAGCAAGAUCUCUGAAAACCUAUGGAGUGUCAUUCUUUUUAGUAAAGGAAAAAAUGAAGGGCAAGAAUAAACUAGUACCCCGCUUGCUUGGAAUCACAAAGGAAUCUGUAAUGAGAGUAGAUGAGAAGACCAAGGAAGUGAUACAGGAAUGGAGUCUUACUAACAUUAAGAGAUGGGCAGCAUCACCAAAGAGCUUCACUUUGGAUUUUGGUGAUUAUCAGGAUGGUUACUAUUCAGUUCAGACAACUGAAGGGGAACAGAUUGCACAGCUUAUUGCUGGCUAUAUUGAUAUUAUUCUGAAAAAGAAAAAGAGUAAAGACCACUUUGGUUUAGAGGGAGAUGAGGAAUCAACUAUGUUGGAGGACUCUGUGUCACCAAAGAAAUCAACAGUUAUGCAACAGCAGUUUAACCAGAUUGGUAAGGUAGAGCAUGGUUCUGUGGCACUGCCAGCCAUCAUGCGCCCAGGAGCUGGAGGACCUGAGAGUUUCCAAGUGGGCACAAUGCCACAGGCUAAGCAGCAAAUUACAAGUGGGCAGAUGCACCGUGGGCACAUGGCUCCACUGUCAUCUGCUCAACAAGCUUUGAUGGGGACAAUCAACUCCAGUAUGCAGGCUGUGCAGGCUGCACAGGCUACCCUGGAUGAAUUUGAGACCUUACCUCCACUUGGACAAGAUGCUGCCUCCAAAGCAUGGCGAAAAAACAAAAUGGAUGAAUCAAAACAUGAGAUACAUUCUCAAGUUGAUGCAAUCACUGCUGGGACAGCGUCCGUGGUAAAUCUUACUGCAGGUGAUCCAGCAGAUACAGAUUACACAGCAGUAGGGUGUGCGGUGACCACCAUUUCUUCCAACUUGACUGAGAUGUCCAAAGGUGUUAAACUUCUUGCUGCUCUGAUGGAGGAUGAGGGCGUUAAUGGGCACCAGCUACUGCAUGCAGCCAAAAAUCUUGCAUGUGCUGUGUCUGAUAUGUUAAAGACGGCGCAGCCCACAAGUACUGAGCCUCGUCAGAAUUUACUACAGGCAGCAGGAAACGUUGGACAAGCCAGUGGUGAUUUACUACAGCAGAUUGGUGAGAGUGAUGCAGACCCCAGAUUCCAGGACAUGCUGAUGCAGCUUGCCAAAGCAGUAGCCAAUGCUGCAGCUGCCCUGGUGCUGAAAGCCAAAAAUGUUGCCCAGAAGACCGAGGAUUCAGCCCUACAGAAUCGUGUGAUAGCUGCUGCAACACAGUGUGCCCUCUCAACUUCUCAACUGGUGGCAUGUACUCGGGUUGUUGCACCCACUAUUAGUUCACCAGUGUGUCAGGAACAGCUUAUCGAAGCAGGAAAACUGGUGGCCAAGUCUGUAGAAGGAUGUGUUGAGGCAUCACAUUCAGCAACAAAUGAUGAACAGCUACUGAAGCAGGUGGGAGCAGCAGCGACAGGGGUAACCCAGGCCCUUAAUGACUUGCUUCAGCACAUAAAGCAUUAUGCCACAGGCCAGCCAAUUGGACGGUAUGAUCAGGCAACUGACACCAUCCUUAAUGUCACAGAGAACAUCUUCAGCUCAAUGGGUGAUGCAGGUGAAAUGGUGAGGCAGGCUCGGAUUCUGGCCCAGGCAACCUCAGAUCUGGUUAAUGCAAUUAAAGCUGAUGCUGAAGGCGAGUCAGAUCUAGAAAACUCCCGCAAGCUGCUUUCAGCAGCCAAGUUACUUGCUGAUGCAACUGCCAAAAUGGUAGAAGCUGCUAAGGGUGCAGCUGCCAACCCAGACAGUGAAGAGCAGCAGCAGAAACUACGAGAGGCAGCUGAAGGCCUGCGCAUGGCCACAAAUGCAGCGGCACAGAAUGCGAUCAAAAAGAAACUAGUCCACAAAUUAGAGAAUGCAGCAAAGCAGGCUGCCGCCUCAGCCACUCAGACAAUUGCAGCAGCUCAGCAUGCCGCCUCCUCCAAUAAGAAUCCUGCAGCUCAGCAGCAGCUUGUUCAAAGCUGCAAGGUGGUUGCAGAUCAGAUUCCAAUGCUGGUUCAGGGAGUUCGGGGAAGUCAAUCUCAGCCUGACAGCCCCAGCGCUCAGUUAGCUCUCAUUGGUGCCAGCCAGAACUUCCUUCAGCCAGGUGCAAAGAUGGUUACUGCUGCAAAGGCCACAGUUCCUACAAUCAGUGACCAAGCCUCAGCUAUGCAGCUUAGUCAGUGCGCUAAGAACUUGACUGCUGCUCUUGCUGAACUCCGAACUGCAGCCUUGAAGGCUCAAGAGGCUUGCGGACCAUUAGAAAUUGACAAUGCACUCAAUGUAGUCCGAAACUUGGAAAAGGACAUGCAGGAAGCCAAAGCAUCAGCUGCUGAAGGAAAACUGAAGCCACUUCCAGGAGAAACAUUGGAGAAGUGUUCCCAGGACUUAGGAAACAGUACCAAGGCUGUGACCACUGCUAUUGCUCAGUUGCUGAGUGAAGUAACCCAAGGAAAUGAGAAUUACACAGGUAUCAAAGUGUAUGCGGCUAGAGAUCUAGCCCAGGCACUUCGGUCACUUAGUAUGGCAUCCCGUGGUGUUGCUGCCUGUACCAUCAACCACCAAGGCCUGUGGUGCUGAGUGCUAGAUUGUGCAACUGAUGUAAUGGACAUCAGCCAUCUCAUAGAAGAGACCAAAAGAGCGGUGGCAAAACCUGGAGUACCCAGACAGCCAGCAGCGAUUGUUGCAAAGGCAGUGUCUCAAGCUUUGAACAGAUGUGUCAGUUGCCUACCUGGGCAGAGGGAUGUCGACAAUGCCAUUAGGACAGUAGGAGAAGCCAGCAAGAGACUGCUUGCAGAUUCAUUCCCUCCGAGUACCAAGAGUUUCCAAGAAGCCCAGGGCAACCUAAAUCGGGCAGCUGCUGGACUGAACCAGUCAGCCAAUGAACUGGUACAGGCCUCCCGAGGCACAACACAAGACCUCACUCAAGCAUCUGGGAAGUUUGGCAAAGAUUUCAAUGAAUUUCUACAAGCUGGAGUGGAGAUGGCAGGACAAUCUCAGUCAAAGGAAGACCAGACGCAGGUGAUUACAAACCUCAAGACAAUAUCUAUGUCUUCCAGUAAGCUUCUACUUGCAGCUAAAGCACUGUCUGCAGACCCAGCUGCUCCAAACCUUAAGAACCAACUUGCAGCUGCAGCACGAGCUGUUACCGACAGUAUCAAUCAACUGAUCACAAUGUGUACCCAGCAGGCUCCAGGACAAAAAGAAUGUGACAAUGCGCUCCGAGAACUUGAGACUGUUCGAGGUAUGCUAGAAAAUCCUACAGAAGCAGUGAAUGACUUGUCUUAUUUUGAUUGCAUCGAUAGUGUGAUGGACAAUUCUAAGGUUCUUGGUGAAGCAAUGGCUGGUAUUUCUCAUAAUGCCAAAAAUAGCAAUCUUCCAGAAUUUGGAGAUUCUGUCAGCUCAGCCUCAAAAGCUCUUUGUGGGCUUACUGAAGCUGCUUCUCAGGCUGCCUAUCUAGUCGGUGUUUCUGAUCCCAAUAGUCGAGCCGGGCAGCAGGGACUGGUGGACCCCUCCCAGUUUGCCAGAGCAAAUCAAUCCAUUCAGAUGGCAUGUCAGAAUCUUGUGGACCCAGCUUGUACACAGUCACAGGUUCUCUCAGCAGCAACCAUUGUGGCCAAACACACUUCUGCACUGUGUAAUGCUUGCCGUCUUGCCUCCUCUAAAACGUCAAAUCCUGUUGCCAAAAGACAGUUUGUUCAGUCUGCAAAGGAAGUGGCCAACAGCACUGCUAAUCUUGUUAAGACAAUCAAAGCACUUGAUGGCGCUUUUAAUGAAGAAAACCGAGAGAAGUGCAGAGCUGCCACUGGCCCAUUGAUUGAGGCUGUGGACAACUUGACUGCUUUUGCAUCUAACCCUGAAUUUGCUAGUGUUCCUGCUCAAAUAAGUCCAGAGGGACUCAAAGCAAUGGAGCCUAUUGUAAUUGCAGCCAAGACAAUGCUGGAAAGCUCAACGGGAUUAAUCCAAACUGCCCGAUCCCUUGCAGUCAAUCCUAAAGAUCCUCCCAAGUGGUCAGUUUUGGCUGGUCACUCAAGAACGGUCUCGGACUCAAUUAAGAAGUUGAUCACGAACAUGAGAGAUAAGGCUCCUGGCCAGAGAGAAUGUGAUGACGCUAUUGAAGUUCUUAAUAGGUGUAUUAGGGAUGUUGAUCAAGCAUCAUUAGCUGCCAUCAGCCAACAGCUAACACCAAGGGAGGAUAUUUCACAUGAGGCUCUUCAUGACCAAAUGGCAGCAGCAGUUCAGGAGAUCAGUAGCCUUAUUGAACCUGUCGCUGUAGCAGCAAGGUCUGAUGCAUCACAACUUGGCCACAAGGUGUCUCAAAUGGCAAGCUACUUUGAGCCUCUUAUCCUGGCCUCAAUUGGAGCUGCUUCUAAGAUUUUGAACAGCCAACAGCAAAUGAAUGUGCUUGAUCAAACCAAGACAUUGGCAGAAUCUGCACUGCAAAUGCUGUAUACAGCCAAGGAAGCUGGAGGCAAUCCGAAAGCGGCACACACACAGGAGGCUCUGGAAGAGUCUGUGCAAAUGAUGAAGGAGGCAGUGGAUGAUCUGACAGCAACUCUCGGAGAAGCUGCUAGUGCUGCUGGAGCUGUAGGAGGAAUGGUGGACUCAAUUUCACGUGCAAUUAGCAGGAUUGAUGAAGGUCCCAAUGAUGAGCCUGAAGGAACCUUUGUUGAUUACCAAACUACCAUGGUGAAAACUGCGAAAGCAAUCGCUGUCACUGUACAAGAAAUGGUUACAAAAUCCAACACCAAUCCUGAUGAGCUUGGAUCUUUAGCCAAUCAGCUCACAAGUGAUUUUGGACAGUUAGCACAGGAAGCUAAACCAGCAGCAAUUACUGCAGAAAAUGAAGAGAUUGGAUCUCAUAUUAAAAACAGAGUUCAGGAACUGGGUCAUGGAUGUGCCUCUUUGGUUACAAAAGCUGGUGCCCUACAGUGCAGCCCAAAUGAUGCCUUCACCAAGAAGGAACUAAUCGAGUGUGCACGCAAGGUCUCAGAGAAGGUGUCUCAUGUACUAGCUGCACUACAGGCUGGAAACCGUGGCACCCAGGCCUGCAUCACUGCUGCCAGUGCUGUCUCAGGAAUUAUUGCAGAUUUGGAUACCACAAUAAUGUUUGCAACGGCUGGUACACUCAACAGAGAGAAUGAAGAGACUUUUGCAGAUCACAGGGAAAACAUUCUUAAAACAGCCAAAGCUCUGGUAGAAGACACUAAAUUACUUGUUUCUGGAGCUGCAGCAAGUCAGGAGAAACUGGCUCAGGCUGCACAGUCAUCGGUAACAACGAUAACCAAACUUGCUGAGGUGGUCAAGUUGGGUGCAGCCAGCUUAGGAUCUGAAGAUCCAGAAACACAGGUUGUCCUAAUCAAUGCUGUGAAAGAUGUUGCAAAAGCACUUGGGGACCUUAUUAGUGCUACUAAAGCGGCCUCUGGAAAGCCACAUGAUGACCCGGCUAUGUUGCAGCUCAAGAAUUCUGCCAAGGUAAUGGUGACAAAUGUGACUUCAUUAUUGAAAACUGUCAAGGCUGUGGAAGAUGAGGCCACUAAAGGAACUAGAGCCCUGGAAGCCACUAUUGAGCAUAUUAAACAGGAACUGGAUGUGUUUAAGAAUCCUGAGCCUCCAUCCAAGACUGCCGCACCAGAAGAGUUUAUUCGUAUGACCAAAGGAAUCACAAUGGCUACAGCAAAAGCAGUGGCUGCUGGAAAUUCUUGCCGCCAGGAAGACAUCAUUGCUACAGCUAACCUUAGUCGCAGGGCCAUUGCUGACAUGCUUCGCUCUUGUAAGCAAGCAGCCUAUCAUCCUGAAGUACAGAGAGAUGUGCAAACACGAGCAGUUCGAUACGGAAAGGAGUGCGCUGUUGGAUACUUGGGAUUGUUGGAACAUGUGCUUGUUAUACUUCAAAAGCCUUCUCAUGACUUGAAGCAGCAGUUAGCUGCUUAUUCCAAACGGGUGGCGGGGUCUGUCACAGAGCUCAUCCAGGCAGCUGAAGCCAUGAAAGGUACAGAAUGGGUAGAUCCAGAAGACCCCACAGUUAUUGCUGAAAAUGAAUUGCUAGGAGCUGCAGCUGCUAUUGAAGCAGCAGCUAAGAAACUGGAGCAGCUUAAGCCAAGAGCCAAACCCAAGCAAGCAGAUGAAAGCCUGAACUUUGAGGAACAGAUUUUAGAGGCUGCAAAAUCAAUUGCUGCAGCAACAAGCGCUUUAGUAAAAGCAGCCUCUGCAGCACAAAGAGAAUUAGUGGCCCAAGGAAAGGUGGGUGCUAUUCCAGCAAACGCAGUGGAUGAUGGACAGUGGUCUCAGGGUCUCAUUUCAGCUGCUCGAAUGGUUGCUGCAGCCACAAACAAUCUUUGUGAAGCAGCUAACUCUGCUGUGCAAGGUCACGCAAGUGAAGAGAAACUUAUUUCGUCGGCCAAACAGGUGGCAGCAUCAACAGCUCAACUUCUGGUUGCUUGCAAAGUGAAGGCUGACCAAGAUUCUGAGGCAAUGAAGAGACUACAGGCUGCUGGGAAUGCAGUGAAAAGGGCCUCUGAUAACCUGGUAAAGGCAGCACAAAAAGCUGCAUUUGAUGCACAUGAUGAGGAUGCCAGCGUUAUUGUGAAAAGCAAGAUGGUUGGAGGCAUUGCUCAGAUAAUUGCUGCUCAAGAAGAAAUGCUGCGUAAGGAGAGAGAACUUGAGGAGGCUCGAAAGAAGCUGGCAAUGAUCAGACAACAACAAUACAAGUUCCUGCCUUCUGAGCUCAGGGAGGAUGGACAGAACUGAACAACUACACUCCUGCCAUGUAUUUAUAUAUUUAGAGAAAUGUCUGUGACCUAGCUUCUCAGUUAGGACAUGUACAGUACUUUGAAGUUUAAAAAAAAUAAAAA